AUGUCCGCCGCGCCGGAGGAGUUCCUGGCCCAGGGGGCCUACCUCGCCGCCCCCGAGCCCUUCUCCCCCUCCAUCUUCCUCGACCUGCCCCCGAUGCCCCGACCCGAUGGCGAUGACCCGACCUCCGACGAUCCGGCCUCCGACGACGACCUCGUCCUCCCCUUCAUCUCGCGGAUGCUCAUGGAGGAGGACAUCGACGACAAGUUCUUCUACCAGUUCAGCGCCCAGCAGCCGUACGCACAGAUCCUCUCAGACGCCACCGCCGCCUCCUCAUCCGACUCCGCCGCCGUCACCAGCUCAGGGGCCGGCGGCCGCUCCACCCUCUCCUCGUCCUCCUCCGCCCCCGCAUCUGCCGACCCCACUGGCCCUACGACCCAAUCGAGCUCUCCCAGCUGCUGCGCUUCCCUCCGUACCCGGACAUGGGGGUGGGGCUCGAUGACUUCACCGCCGAUGAGGUCAACGCCGUCUUCUUGCCGGGACAAGACACCGCGUUCCAGCUGA